CUCUCUGGCUUCACCGCCUCUACUCUCCUAUCCCGACUGACGUUGGACAACAAAGAUGGCGGCAGGAACCAGCAAUUACUGGGAAGACCUCAGGAAACAGGCUCGACAGCUGGAAAAUGAACUUGACCUGAAACUAGUUUCCUUCAGUAAACUGUGUACGAGUUACAGUCACAACAGUGCCCGAGAUGGAAGGCGCGACAGGUAUAGUUCUGACACAACCCCCCUUUUAAAUGGAUCAAGCCAAGACAGGAUGUUUGAAACAAUGGCGAUUGAGAUUGAACAGCUUUUGGCAAGGCUUACAGGAAUAAAUGAUAAAAUGGCAGAGUAUACCAACAGUGCAGGUGUCCCCUCCUUGAACGCGGCUCUGAUGCACACACUACAGCGACAUAGAGACAUACUGCAGGAUUAUACACAUGAAUUCCAUAAAACCAAAGCAAACUUUACAGCAAUACGGGAAAGGGAGAAUCUCAUGGGAUCAGUACGAAAGGAUAUUGAAUCAUAUAAAGGUGGGUCUGGAGUAAACAACAGAAGAACUGAACUAUUUUUGAAGGAACACGAGCACCUUCGAAACUCAGAUCGUCUGAUAGAAGAGACAAUAAGCAUUGCUAUGGCAACAAAAGAAAAUAUGACUUCACAGAGAGGAAUGUUGAAGUCGAUUCAGAGCAAAAUGAACACUUUGGCCAAUCGCUUUCCUGCUGUGAACAGCCUGAUCCAGCGAAUCAACCUUAGGAAGAGGCGAGACUCCCUCAUCCUGGGCGGCAUUGUUGGGGUCUGUACCAUCCUGUUGCUGCUGUACGCUUUCCAUUGACAGGACCUCUCCGGGACUCUGGACAGCCACCACUUUCGGGCCCUGGUCUGGAAUGCGGAAAAGUAGGAAGGAGACAUGGACUGUCCUGAUAAUUAGCCAGGCCGGCAGGGUCAUUCAGGACGGAUGCUGCUGGAUCUGGGACAGGGUCAGGUUGAGCAGAAGCCACAGUUUUCCUGUGCUGUUUUUUCUAACACAUACUUCCUUCUGUUUUUAGUUUUAAAAAAAAGAAAAAUAAGAAAUAGCUUUGUGUUGCUUUUGUCUCCCCCGGAGGUAAGUAAACCAGUCGGAAAGAGGGCGUCUGUGCUUCGGUGACGGUGUUGAGGCUGAUGACAAGCCAGGUCUUAGAGCCGACCGACUCCUCAGAAAACCAGGCCCCUCUCUAUCCAAAGACGGCUUUCCUUUUAGCUGCCACAUUGGGUUGUGAAUACAAACAGUUCUUGUCCUUUUAUUUAAUAGUCAUGAUGAAAAAUCACAAGUCAUUUCUUGAUAAAUUUCUACUCUGUGUCAACUCUUUUGGUAUUCACGGAAAAUUCCAUUUUCACAGAUUCUUUGAGACGCUGACAGGCCAACUCUAAGAGAGGUGAGGUGGUCUCAAAUAAGAAACACUGCAAAAACGCAUUGUUCUUUCUUGUUUUUAAUCAUGUGCACACUGGGCUUAACUAUUGCUGGAAAAGUAUCAGGAAUGACGGGCUUUUUUUUAAGGAGUCAAUUAUUGUUUAUUUCUUCAGUUGGGCUAAUUUUCGCUACUAGGAGAAAAUGAAAUCUUAGUUCUACCAGGACAGAAGAAACUGCCAGCCAGCGUCUGUCGGUGCCCCGGCCACCCCUCAUGGAGUCGGAGUCACACCGACGGCUGAGUGAGGGGGCUGCGCGGUCCUCAGUGAGGUCUCGUGGUGAACAGGCCACCAGUAAAGAGACUUCGAUUGAGGGCUCGCAGUUGGAGAAUUUCAUUUGUAAAUGCCUGCCACUUAUGAGCAGGUGUUUUAAAAAUUACCACCUGAUGUAACAGGAAUUCUGUGUUCUGUGAGAAUCUCUUCAUUCCAAGUGUGUUCAGCUUUUCCGAACAUCCAGAGAAUGGUUUUGCUGUUGAAGACGCGCGUGACAGAAUCUGUCUGUAUCUGCCCCAUCUUCUGUUGUCAUCCCUGGGCAGUGACAGAACUUGAAACCACCCAACAAGUCCUUUUCAAGUUUAACCAUUUCUCAGCCUCCGUGCGUUCAUUACUUGUCUAACCAAACCACCACAGAGGGUUCGGAGGCUUCCAGCACCUGCACUCCUCACCCAGAAGGGAGGCUGCUUUUCACCAUUGGAUCUGGUGUAGCAUUUACAGCACUGGCUUCAGACUGUGCCACCGGGAGUAACAGGGUGUUACCAUGUGGUUCGUGACUACGUUUUAGCGCGUCAGCAGACGCCGAUGGACAGGCCGGUGGGCAGACUACCCGCGGUCUGAUGCAGAGGCCGAGACGUUUUUCAUUCUGGGGUCAAAGUUUUAUUAUGUUCUGGGUAUAAAAGGAAUUUGAUAUUUUUUUGAACUAUGGGUUUUAUUUUUCUAAAUAUGGGUUGAUUGAUCAGUAGUUGAUUGGGGCUGCCCUUAAAAGAGAGUUUAAGUUUUCCCAGUGUGAGCCCUCAAGGGUGGGGAAGUCCGUAUGUUCAGUUCUCUGUCGGGAGGACAGAGCUUUUCUGCCCGCCACUUCAUCAUCUUUGAUUUUUCAAAGGGCCUUGCUUGGUGGUUGUACCUCAGCCAGCACUUUGGUCGCUAUAUAGUUGGCAUUUAUAAAAUCUGAAGUACCAUAAAUAAAAUUAUUUAUUUAAUUAUA